AUGUGCGUACCUGCAUGGGCUUCAAACGUUGAGAUACAGUAUCUGGAGAGAGUCCAGGCCUAUUGUAAGAUCCGUAAGGGCAGCUCGAAGUCUACACUUGCAAGGACAAUAUACCCCGCUCAGCUCAGGAUCUCAUCUUCUCUCUAUCCCCAGACCCACACGGAUGGCGACGUUGGGAUCUUGUUGUUCCUUCGCCAUAAGUUACACGCGUUCGCGAAGCCUCUAGUUACCGAAGAUCAGUCUAUCGUGUCACUGGUCCGUGGGGGCUGUAGAAAGGCAAAGAGUGUUCAGGAAUAUGAUAGAAUAUCAAUUACUCUAGCACUAAGAACCGGUGUUAAUACCCGACCGAAAUAA